AUGGAAGUUAAGGUUGAAGUUAAGAAGGAGGGUCCUGAAUAUUCUCUAUCGACAUCAGUAGGUCUUGAAGACUUAAAAAAUGAACCAGAGGAUGGUCACCCAGCUAUGGAAGUUAAAGUUGAAAAGGAGGAAAAGUUUGCAGAAGAUGACCAAAAAUAUAUAGAUAAUCAUCUAUCCACAUCAACAGAUCUUCAAGACUUAAAGGAUGAAUCAGAGGAAAAUCAACCAGGUGAGGCAUUAAGUCAAAUAAAUAAUAAACAAUUUAGAAACUGUGGAUUUAUAAUGUUUUGUCAGAUUUUAGUCUGUUGCUAA